AUGCAUCUGUACAGGGCAAAAAGAGACACCGAAAGAAGAGGCGUGCUCAAGACCUACAAGAUCCUCGGCUUCAUCUCGUCAGGUACCUACGGCCGAGUCUACAAGGCCAUACUACAGUCUCCACCAAAGUCGAAUAUCGCCUCCGCCCUCCCCAGCUCAGCCCGGGUCGCCCUCUCAAUCUCAAAAGACAAACUGCCCUCGCCUAGUCUUUCAGACAAGUUCAUCGAGAAUGACCCUCUCAACAACCCAGAGAUGUGUAUGAGACCUGGGGAUAGGAGAGCGAAGAUGGGGGAUGUCUUUGCAAUCAAGAAAUUCAAACCAGAUAAAGAAGGCGAUGUCUUGACGUAUGCUGGUAUCAGUCAGAGCGGAGCUCGAGAGAUUAUGCUAAAUCGUGAGCUUCAUCAUCGAAAUCUCGUGUCGUUGCGCGAGGUCAUCCUCGAAGACAAGUCCAUCUACAUGGUAUUCGAGUACGCAGAGCACGACUUUUUGCAAAUCAUCCACCACCACUCACAAACCGCCCGAGUCCCAAUCCCACCUUCAACCCUCCGCCGCCUUCUUCACCAACUCCUCUGCGGCGUCCAUUUCCUGCAUUCGAACUUUGUUCUGCAUCGGGAUCUCAAGCCGGCCAACAUCCUCGUCACCAAUUCUGGUGUAGUCAAGAUUGGAGAUCUGGGUCUCGCGAGACUCUGGCAUAAGCCGCUGGCAAAAGGGGGUCUGUAUGGGGGUGACAAGGUCGUCGUGACUAUCUGGUAUAGAGCACCAGAGCUCAUCCUUGGCUCAAAGCAUUAUACUGCUGCUGUCGACAUCUGGGCUGUGGGCUGUAUCUACGCCGAGCUAUUGUCAUUGAGACCAUUGUUCAAAGGCGACGAGGCCAAGAUGGACGGCAAGAAGACGCUUCCCUUCCAGCGCGAUCAAAUGGGUAAAAUAUGCGAAGUUCUUGGCCCCGUCAAGCGCAAGUCUCUGUCUCCUGGCCUACUUUUCUUACUGACACUUGACUUUACAGCCGAGCAAUGGCCCGGCAUAGUACACAUGCCUGAAUACCGGACCUACCAAGCAACUGGCCCUUACCCCAACCCCAAUCCCUUGCCGACUUGGUACCACGCCAGAUCUCAGUCAACGGAAGGAUACGAUCUACUGGUAAAGAUGUUUGAGUGGGAUCCCGCGAGGAGGGUGACGGCGAAGGAUAGUUUGAAGCAUCCUUGGUUCCAGGAGGACGGAGGCGUAGCAGCCAAGAGUGUAUUUGAAGGAAGCAACAUUACCUAUCCAACCAGAAGAGUCACGCAUGAGGAUAAUGGUGAUGCCAAAAUGGGAUCCCUCCCUGCAUCUAUGGCAGGGGGUCCCAGAUUGCCUUCAAGUAGCAAUUUCAAACCCGCUAGCGCGACAAUCAAUCAGUCAACCCGGAAGAAGGCGAAAAUUUAA